AAAUGGUGGACGGACGUUCUGACAGUUGCAGCUCUCGACAAAGUUUACAAUUACUGUUCUGUUAUAAAGCCGACUUCGGUGGUUAAAUCGUGCCUGAUUCCACGCAGAUGUUUUAAACUGAAACUUCUCUCCUAUCAUAGUUCUGGAUCUUUUGUGGAUCAACCAAAAAUAGCAAGUGAUUCAAUAUUUGGAUCGCGUCUACGAACUCCGCAGACAGUUCCUCGACAAAUGAGGUUCGAGAACGGAGAACAACAUGGAAUAAUUAUGCAAACGCUUCAACAGCUGAUAACUUAUUUCUUCAUUCCACGCAGGGAAAUUUUGUUUAUGCUAGAGGGUAGCGUAUUUCAAGUUUAAACGUGAAAAAGACCGAAGCUGCUGGCCGAAGUUUCAGGAAUAAGCUUGUGCAAAACCACAUUUUCCGGUCGAAAAAUACAAACCUAUAAAUGAGCCAGUGUUGACGCAUUCCGAGUUCCUGGAAAGAUACGUGACAAUGUUGUCAAAAAAGGACUUCAAGUGAAAUCGCUGAACCAAAGUUAAUAUAUAUUGUAGGAAACAAAAACUUUUAAAACACUAUUAAUCAGAAGAUUUAGGAACAGGAUCUACAGGAAAAGGGAUUUUUGCGAUGCUGGGGACUUUGAUGCGACUAGACGUCAUUCAGAGAUUCAACACACUGGCAUGUUUGUUCAUUUUACUACAGUUACAACUGUUUGAACUUUUGUUUGCCAAGGAAUUGACAUGUUCAGUUACUCGUCAGUAUUCUGGAGAUCGUAUUCUCUUUGUUAAUUACAGCGGAACGUGCAACGAACAAGUUAAUCCGUGUCAAAGAAUUAGUAACAGCGCGUGGUUAGAUUCUAACAAAGGCUGCCGUUGCCAGUGUAACGAAUCAGCUGCAACUUACAGAGAAGAUAAUGGGUCUUGUGUUGAAAACAGGAUAAACAGAGAAGGUAAGCCAAAGCUACAAGUAAAUUCGGCUUUUUAUUUUAUACUUUGUUUUUGUUAACUGAAAUGCAGUGAUAUUGGCAUUCUUUUAAAAAAUAUAUCAUUUUUUUCUCAUUUCUUUGCCAGUUAAUAACACUUUUUAGUAUCCUGGAGUUGGGGUUAUUAUCUGUCUUGAGACCAAAGAACUACGUGUAUAUAUUUUGAUUGCCCUCUGCAACUGUUGCAGGCUAGUUUUGAUUAUUCUUUUAUUAUUAUUAUUAUUAUAAGAAAGUUCUCCAUCAGUUUCCUACGUCCUAAAUUUUUUAACUCUCUUAGUUUUGAAAUUCAAAAUGCAACAAGUACCGCUUCCUUUUGCAGUAAGCUGAAAGCAUUCCUCUUAUCAUAAAUAGUAAUUUUUAUAUAUAAAUAUAUAUAUUUAUAUAUAUAAUAUAGUAAUAUAAUGAAUAUAAAUAUAUAUUUUUUUUACCUAUGCUCUUUUAUUUUCAUUUUUUUAUUUUCGUCAUUUUGCUUUUUUUAGCCUAGAACUACGAUUAGUACGACUGUCUAAUAUAUUUAUUUUAAGAUUUACUGUAGCUCUGCCAUUGAUUUUCCCAUGUGUAAUUAUGAUAAUAUUUUGUUCUAAUUAUUUAACUGAGGGAGCCCAUUCCUUAUAAGCCCGGUGGUUUCUCUUGGGCUAAUCCUCGCCAUAGAGUUUAAAUAAUGAGAUUUUUUUUGGCUUUGUACAACUCAUGGCAAACAAAACAAUAAAAAAUAAACAAUAUUAUUCUUUUAUUUUAUUUUUAUUUUUUGACAUUCUGCAUAGUUUGUGCUUCAAGGAAGCACUGAAGAAAUUGCCAUUGUACUUCAAUUAGUAUUCAAUUUUUUGUACAAUCGUUUUGUGUAGCCUGCACCACAGACAGAAGUAAGUCCAUCUGCGAAACAACAGUGAAAUCCUUGUUCUUGGCCCAGCUACCUACCCAGGAUAUGAGUAUGCUCUAUGAUUGGUUAAAAAUCCCAUUGUCAAUUUGCCAAUCAUAUGGAAGGGAAAUUCUAAACACAUUUCCAGUGAUUCGUUGAGUCCAUUUCGGGCUCUAAAGGCUGGCGGUUUUCACUAGUGAUGGAUUCGGAGUCAGACUCGUAAUCAGAAGCGUAGAGCUUAUGAUCUAGUACAUACAUACUUUAUACAUACAUACAUACUUUAUUAGUAUUCCCCAGGGUGCUUUUCAAUCUUUAAUUAAAAUCAUUCUCUAGCAUGUGCGUUUUCAACUUUUUUUUAAAUGAUGGUAAGGGUAACUGUUUAAAGUCUUUGUCUAAAUUGUUCCAAAAUGUUGACUGUUCUAUGCUGGAGGAAACGUCGCUGUCCUGACUUUGUCUUGCUUGGAGGAAUAUCAAGGGAUUCUCUGUUUCUAGUGUUAUGAUAGUGAAUAGACUUGCGUCUUCGGAGAGACUCACACAAAUAUGUGGGAGCUAGGCCCUUCAUGCACCUAAACGCCAUUACAGUGUCUCUGUAGUGGAGAUUCUCAUUUACUGGUAGCCAUUUGAUCUCGCGUAACGCAGGUGUUAUGUGCUCAAAUUUCUUUGU